GCCGGCGAGGAUGUCGUCCACCGCGCGGCGCGGGCACCCGGCGCUGGUGAACGGGGACGGGGGGUACGACCGGGAGGAGGAGGACGAGGACGAGGAGGGGUACGGCGCGGAGGCGGAGGCGGAGCCGGAGGAGGAGCCGCGGCUCAAGUACCAGCGCCUCGGCGGCAGCGUGCCGGCGAUCCUCUCCACCGACGCCGCCGCCGCCAUCGCCGUCACCGACCGCGCCGUGCUGCUCGGCACCCACGACGGCACCCUCCACAUCCUCGACUUCCAGGGCAACGAGUCGAAGCAAAUUGCCGCUCACACAGCAACCAUAAAUGACAUCAGUUUUGAAGACCGUGAAUAUAUUGGAAGCUGCUCAGACGAUGGCACAGUAGUAAUAAGCAACCUCUUCACCGAUGAUAAGCUCAAGUUUGAGUACCAUCGGCCCAUGAAAGCAAUUGCGUUAGACCCUGACUACUCCCGAAACUACAAAAGAUUUGCUACAGGUGGUUUAGCCGGUCAAGUGCUUGUGCUGACAAAGAAGACUUGGGGAGGAGGCUAUAACAAAAAGGUUCUGCGUGAGGGCGAAGGACCGAUCCAUUCUAUGAAGUGGAGGGCAGAUCUUCUUGCCUGGGCUAAUGAUGCAGGGGUGAAAGUGCAUGAUAUGAAAACGGACAGAGGAAUUGCAUUCAUAGAAAGACCAAAAGGAAUUCCUCGACCAGAAGUUUUGCUUCCUCACUUGGUCUGGCAGGACGAUACAGUUUUAGUUAUUGGGUGGGGAACAAGUGUCAAGAUUGCUGCCAUUCGAACAGAAUCUCAAGGACUCAAUGGAAUGCAAAGGAGUAUUUCUGCAGUAAGUUCUGAUAAGUAUGUUGAUAUAGUGGGCUCUUUCCAAACAGGCUACCACAUAUCUGGGAUUGCUCCCUUUGGGGAUCUUUUGGUUAUGCUUGCAUAUAUCCCUGAAGAGGAUGACAAAGAUAAAAAAAUUAGCACUUCUGCUCCUUUACGGCAGGGAACAGCGCAGCGUCCAGAAAUACAUCUUGUAUCAUGGAAAAAUGAUGUGGUUACUACUGAUGCUCUGCCCAUUCAUGGUUAUGAGCACUAUAAGGCAAAGGAUUACACUCUUGCUCAUGCGCCUUUCUCAGGAAGUAGCAAUGCAGGUGGACAGUGGGCUGCUGGCGAUGAACCUCUUUAUUACAUCGUCUCUCCUAAGGAUAUUGUGGUAGCAAAGCCAAGAGAUACUGAAGACCAUAUUGCGUGGCUUCUUCAACAUGGCUGGCAUGAAAAGGCAUUGGCUGCAGUUGAGGAAGGACAAGGGAGGACUGAGCUUCUUAAUGAGGUGGGUUCAAGAUACCUUGAUCACCUGAUAAUUGAAAGAAAAUACGCUGAAGCAGCACAACUCUGUCCAAAGAUACUGCGAGGAUCUCCUUCAGCAUGGGAGAGGUGGGUCUUUCACUUUGCACAUCUCCGCCAGCUUUCUGUGUUGAUCCCUUACAUUCCCAUUGACAAUCCACAACUGAGUGAUACCGCUUAUGAGGUUGCCCUUGUAGCUCUAACUACCAACGCUACUUUCCAUGAGCUUCUCUUGACUACGAUAAAAAGCUGGCCACCUGCAUUAUACUCUGCUUCACCAGUCAUAUCUGCCAUUGAGCCACAGCUCAGUUCCUCAUCGAUGACUGACCCAUUAAAAGAGGCUUUAGCUGAACUGUAUGUGAUCAAUAGUCAAUAUGAAAAGGCCCUUUCUCUCUAUGCUGAACUCCUGAAGCCUGAAGUAUUUGAGUUUAUCGAGAAGCAUAACCUACAUGAUGCAAUUCAUGAUAAGGUUGUUAAUCUUAUGAUACUGGAUAGUAAAAGAGCAAUUCACCUGUUGAUCCAACAUCGUGAUAUCAUUCCCCCAUUUGAAGUCGUGGAGCAAUUGUUGCAUACUAGUAAAAAUUGCGACAAGAAAUAUUUGUUGCAUCAGUAUUUACAUGCUCUGUUUGAGACAGACAUUCAUGCUGGAAAAGAUUAUCAUGAUAUGCAGCUGGAGUUGUAUGCAGAUUAUGAGCCAAGGAUGUUAAUACCCUUCCUUCGUACCAGCCAGCAUUACAGGCUUGACAAGGCAUAUGAAAUAUUUUCACGAAGGGAACUUGUCAGAGAGCAAGUUUUUGUUCUUGGUCGUAUGGGAAAUGCUAAGGAAGCUCUUUCUACGAUUAUAAACAAACUGGAAGACAUACAGGAGGCUGUUGAAUUUGUUACGGAGCAACAUGAUGAUGAACUAUGGGAGGAACUGAUAAAACAGUGCCUCCAAAAGCCUGAAAUGGUCGGGAUGCUGUUGGAACAUACUGUCGGCAAUCUCGAUCCUCUGUACAUUGUCAAUUUGGUUCCAGAUGGGCUAGAAAUACCUAAAUUGCGGGAUCGCCUUGUAAAAAUUGUGACAGACUAUCGAACAGAAACUUCACUGAGGAAUGGAUGCAACGAUAUAUUAAAGACGGAUUGUGUUAAUCUUCUGGUUAAAUACUACCAAGAGGCUCGACGCGGAGUCUGCAUGGCAACCAUGGACGAGGAGGCACAAGGAACAACAAGAGCCGACGAAGGUUCUUCACGGAUAGGCGAGAGAUCGUCGACGAGUUUACGUAGCUUAGAGAUCAAAUCCAGAACGAGGUGCGGUGCUCGAUGUUGCCUGUGCUUCGAUCCUCUAUCUAUCCAGGACAUCUCUAUCAUCGUGUUCUACUGCUGCCACGCGUACCAUCAGUCUUGCCUCGAAGGUGGGUUAGACUCGAUGAAGUCAACAGCUCGGGAUAGCGAUGAAGACUCGGAGGACGAUGAUGGCUCCCCCUCGGCCGAGUCUAAGAUGCGCUGUGUAUUGUGUACCACAGCUGCCGCAUAAGUUAUUGCUUACUGAGCAGUCCAUGUUCUGAUGUGUUGUGUUGUAAGUUUUGAGCCUUGUAAUUAGUAUGCUUUUUCGGGGUGUUACAAAUGUAACAAUAGGUUGAUUCUUUGAGUUUUCUGUAAAUUUGACGCCCAAGAUGACUCGAGCAAUGUUGUACGGCAUUUUUUUUCCCUAGUGCCACGCUUGCCAGAUCAUCUGAAGUUGUUUGGAAGAGAAUGAGAUAAGCAAUUCAGACUGUAAUUUUUUUUUGCUUUAUCAUGUGUAAAAUGUAAUUGUCUCCUCUCACUGCAAAACUGGAGCAGAACAUUGUGUUCUUCAAACUUGCGUUCACUCUUGUUCUAA